AUGAACAAAUCACCCCUCCUCCGACGCCUCCUUCUCGCACCUCCAACUCUACGGACCUCAAUCCUUCCCCAAUUCACCCCAAUACAUACCCGAACAUCAACCCGCCAAUAUGCCUCCCCCAGCAUCCUCCAACCCUCCUUCUGGGCCUCCAUGAUCCCCAAGCCUCUGCGACGCACCCCCUCCUCCGCCCUCACCAAUGCAAACAAAUCCAAAAAAGCAGUGAAAAAAGAUUGGAACCCCGCAACUUUUUUUAUCUGGAUAUUCCUCUUCAUUGGCUCCAUGUCCAUUCAAAUGAUUGCUUUGCGCAACGAGUUCGCAGCUUUCACACGGCGCGCAGACGCUAGGCUUGGGUUGUUGCGUGAGAUUGUGGAGAGGGUGAAGAAGGGGGAAGUUGUUGAUGUGGAGGGGUUGCUUGGGAAAGGGGGGGGCAGGGAGAAGGAAUGGGAGGAGCGUAGGUUUUUUCCUUUCCUUUCGUUUUUUGAAGGGUGAUUUGGGUAUCUUGGGUUGGACUAACGACUGCGUAGUUUUACAAGAAAUUGAGGAGGAAGAUGCAGCAUUGGAGAGGUCGAAGAGUCACAGAGCGCAAACGAUUAAACCUAUAGAACAAUUGCCGACUUCAAAACUUGCGAUACAAACGUCGAAGCCGAAAGAUGAGCAGCCGAAACCGAAAAAGACUGCGCCGGGUUUCUAUUGA